AUGCUAACCGCAGCCGGAGACGAUGAACCGGACCUGGUCGUGGGACAGGAUCCGCCAACGGAAGCCGCCACUCCAAGAGUGCUGACAAUAAUCUCUCACGUGAUGGAGAAGCUCGUGGCACGUAACGAGUGGUUGGCUAAGCAAACUAAGGGAUUCGGGAAGAGCUUGGAGGCUUUUCAUGGCGUGAGAGCACCAAGUAUAAGUAUAGGGAAGUACCUUGAUAGGAUUUAUAAGUACACAAAAUGUAGCCCUGCGUGUUUCGUGGUCGGGUAUGUGUACAUAGACCGGUUGGCUCAUAAGCACCCUGGCUCAUUGGUUGUCUCCACGAAUGUUCAUAGACUCCUCGUCACUUGUGUCAUGAUUGCUUCCAAGAUCCUAGACGAUGUGUAA